CAGCACAAAAAAAAAGUAAACAAGACAAAAGUCGGGCAAUGAUGGAAAAUAGUUCUAGCGAAAGUAAAGAGGAACAAUCGGUAAAUGAAGAUUCCUUAACACCCGAGGCAACGCCGGAAAUUGCCAAUGCAGCUCCACUUAUCGGCACCGGUGUUGAUAUUGAGGACACACUCUCGGUGGAUUCUGCCAGCGUCUUUAGCACAACUACAACAACAACACGCAGCAAGAGCAAGUCGCCAAAUACGCGAAAGCUGAAAAGGCUGUGCCGGCGUAUCAAGGCGCCUAAAAUGGUGCAACCUCUGUACAAAUAUAGUUAUCAUAUCCGCGAGGACCACAAUCAUCAAAUCUUUGGUGUGCAAUUCAAUCCCUAUUUAGAUAGAAGCCAAUCCGUGUUUGCAACUGUUGGCAAAGAUCGCGUGUCUAUCUACGAAUGCGUCAAAAACAAUAUAGAAACUGUGUCUGAAGACAGUGACAGUAUACGAUUGCUGCAGGUCUACGCAGAUCCGGAUACUGAUGAAAGUUUUUACACUUGUGCUUGGUCGUAUGAUUCAACGACCGGAGACCCGGUACUGGCUGCAGCUGGUUAUCGUGGCGUCAUACGAAUUUUUAAUAUAAUUAAACACCAGUGCUCAAAGAAUUACAUUGGCCACGGACAUGCCAUAAAUGAGCUGAAGUUCCAUCCGGUGCUGCCGCAGCUGCUGCUCUCCGGCAGCAAGGAUCACUCGCUGCGCUUGUGGAAUAUACAAACAGAUGUUUGCGUUGCAGUCUUUGGCGGCGUUGAGGGUCAUCGUGACGAGGUGCUAUCAAUAGACUUUGAUUUACGCGGUGAUCGCAUUAUGUCGAGCGGAAUGGAUCAUUCACUUAAGCUUUGGCGGCUUAAUAAGCCUGAUAUUAAGGAGGCCAUUGAAAUGAGUUCAACUUUUAAUGCCAGCAAAAAUACGGCUCCGUUUCCAACAAUCAAGGAGCAUUUUCCUGACUUCUCCACCCGCGAUAUUCAUCGCAACUAUGUAGAUUGCGUCCAGUGGUUUGGCGACUUUGUCUUUUCCAAGUCGUGUGAGAAUUCAAUUGUGUGCUGGAAACCAGGCAAGCUGUUCGCACAGCGACACGAGAUCAAGCCACAGGACUCAACAACUGUUCUCCAUCACUUUGACUACAAAAUGUGCGAGAUUUGGUUUGUGCGUUUCGCUUUUAAUGCCUGGCAAAAGGUGCUGGCGCUUGGUAAUCAGCUGGGCACGACAUUUGUUUGGGAGCUGGACUCCAAUGAUCCAAACUUGACAAAAUGCAGCCAACUAAUGCAUCCCAAAUGCAUAUCAACCAUAAGACAAACUUCCUUUUCCAAGGAUGGCUCCAUUUUGAUUUGCGUCUGCGAUGACAGCACCGUUUGGCGCUGGGACCGCAUUAAUUAGGCAUUAUUUAGGUAUUAAUUAGGAUUCUUAUAUAUAAAUCCAUAGAUUUAUCUAUACAUAUUUAUACUAA